AUGGUUGUCUUCGCACUUCUGAUCAUCAACAAAGCUGGUGGCCUCGUCUACAAUCGCACCUUUGCUCCCGGGCUGCAGAAAUUGGAUUCCAAUGACUAUCUCAUCUUGGCUGGCACCUUUCACGGCAUACACGCCAUUUCCCGUAGCAUAAAUCCGGCGCCGCCGGUUCAGCCUAUCCCUGGCAACAGGAGACCGCCCACCACCGGAAUUGAGAGCCUGGAAAGCAGCCACUUUCGUCUAACGUGCUUUCAAAGCGCUACUGGGGUCAAGUUUCUGCUCUUUACCAGCCCUGAGCAGCCCAACACAGAUCUCGUGGUGCGGAGGUGUUACGAGAUCUACGGCGAUUUUGUCAUGAAGAAUCCAUUCUACAGCAUGGAAAUGCCCAUACGUGUGGAGAAGUUUGACAGAGCCUUGGGGAGUUACUUGGUCAGGCCUGCUUGA